GGCCAAGUUCAGCUUCCUGAACUGCGGGGAGCUUGGCGGGCGGUCGCUGCAAGCCGGGCGUAGGCCGCAGAGGUCGCGAGUUCAGGCGUCCCGGCUCCCGUGUGACUGUCGUGAUGUUUUUCUCCCAGGCCGGGGCCCGGCCGCGGAUGUGGGAAGCCAGCCCGUCAGAACACAAGAAGUGGGUGGAAGUAUUUAAAGCAUGCGAUGAAGAAAACAAAGGCUAUCUAAGCAGAGAGGACUUUAAAGUUGCUGUUGUAAUGCUGUUUGGAUACAAGCCCUCCAAGAUAGAAGCUGAUGCUGUGAUGUCCUCAGUAGAUCCAAACACUUCCGGGAUAUUACUUAAGGAGUUUUUAGACAUUGUAAGGAAAAAGAAGGAAGCUCAACUAUAUCGGAAUGAAAUAAGACACAUCUUCACAGCUUUUGACAGGCACUAUCGUGGAUAUUUAACUCUGGAAGAUUUCAAAAAAGCAUUUAAGCAGGUGGCUCCCAAGUUAUCGGAAAGGAUUAUUCUCGAGGUAUUCAGGGAAGUAGAUCAAGACUCAGAUGGUCAUGUCAGCUUUAAAGACUUCGAAUAUGCCAUGAACUAUGGACAAAAGUAAGCCUAACUAUUGUGUGCUGCUUUUGGCAACCUGUGGGGAGACCGAAAUAGAUUGUGAUAUAUUUAGAUGUCAAAUCCCACUCUACCGAUGAUGUCAUGCUGCAUACCUUCUGUUAAACUCUUCAUCAUGGUUCUCAGAUGCUGACAAUUGCUUGCACUGCCACUGGGAUGGUCCCCAACCCCUCCUCUUUACUCUCAACCCCCGACUCCCUCCCCCCCCACGCUGCCAGCCAGAAUGCUCCACUCAUUUACUCGUCCUUGCCACCCUACCCACAGCCUCCCUGAUCCUCAGCAGUUCCUAAUGUCAGGAACUGCCAGUGGUACCAGUUUCCUUCAUGCAUUCAGCUUUGGUUGAACAAAUAAUAGCACCUACAUGCAACUGAGUGCUGACUGCGUUCCAAGCAAUGAGCAAGGCUUUUGGAAAACAAAGUUAAGACUUCUCUAAGACAAUGUAUCCUCAGUAGUCAUCAAAAAUCAUCAUCGCAAAAAUGGCCCUAGGGCGCUGGCUGUGCAAGAUGGAAAAACCAGAUUGAGCUGACAUUAGUAUAAGUCUUCUCCAGCUGCAUACAGAGGAAGAACAGGGUGCAGUAAGGAUAUCGGGGGCAAAAGACUUACCUGCAGAACCCAUUAGAAUGGCCUGGGCCUGGGGUUCCUGCAGCAGAACAGCAAGCCCUGGGCUGCCCGGCUGCCCUCUGCGGUACCCUCCCUGGUUCUGGGCGGCUCUGCCCUGAAACAAGAGCCUUAGCCAUCUGUGUUCCCGUUCUCUGUUUUCUGCCCAUCCAUACCUGGGAUCCGGGGACUGCUGUCCUAGAACAAAAACUGUGACCCUGGACAUUCAGCACUUAUUUUAAAUAAAUACUCAUAUCAGUACUAAUAUUUUAUCUGUAAAUGUUCAGAAUGCUAAACAUUAACAACACUGUGAAAACAUCUAAUAUAAUUCAAAUUUUAAAAGUAUUAAAGGUCAAGGAAAUAUGUACAUUUGUCAAAGAGAAACAUUAAGUAAGCAUCCUUCUAACAUAAAGUAUUAGCAGAUAAACUUAAUAAACUGUCAUAAAUCAGAGGAGCCUAAAGAGACAUAACAGCUAAAUGUAAUUUGGUGUUCUGGAGGGGAUCCUGGAAUAGAAGAAAGGACAUUAGGUAAACACUAGUAAGGUAUGGACUUCAGUUCAUAAUGCUAUAUCAAUAUUGGUUCAUUAAUUGUGACAAAUGUACCAUACUCAUAGAAAAUGUUCAUCAUAGGGGAAAGUGAGUGAGUACAUGGGAACUCUCUGUCCUAUCGUCACAAUCUUUCUAUAAACCUAAAACUGUUCCAAAAUAAAAAGGUUGUUAAAAAAUAAAGUCUUAUUCCAAAAUUAGCAUACUAAACACUAUCUAAAAUGAAGAAAACUUUGAAAAUCAUUAAGAAGUACACAUGAAAUAUUAUUUCAAGAACAAAGUGGAUCCAUGGUAUCAUUGAGCAUCACGUGCGUUUUAGGACAAAUUGUUCUGGCUGAUGAAAAGCCCUUUCUGACUUUGGGUAGAGUUUUAUUCAGCAAGUAUUUUCAUCAUAAAUUGAAUAGUUGAGUCAUUGGUCCUCAUCUCAGUACAUAAGUGAUCCUGCUUUUAGAUUUUUAAAAUAUAAAAAUUAGAGUAAUCUACCAACAAAAUGUUUAUAUUUCAGUAAUUGCCAGAAUACCAAAACCUUGUAUUGCAAUCACUAUUUGGACUUUAUUUCUUCCUGUAAACAUGACAAGAGAGUGGGAGAGGUCACGUCCUCCCGUUGAGUGGCAGGCAGGAGGCCAGAGUGGGAAGAGCUAUUGGGCAACUGCCUUGAUCCGGGAUUAGUCCAGGCUCUCUUCGGUCUCAGUGAGGUCUCAAUGACAGAAACCUACCCACACUAGCUUAGACAGAAAAGGAAUUUACUAGAAAAUACUGGGCUAGCUUAUAUAAUCCAACAUAGGAAGGGCAGUGGUGCAGCUGGGUUUCCAGGAAAACGAGAGCCAGCAACACGAGCACCUCCGGACUCUGCCCCUGUCCCAUGGUCACCGCAGCCUCACACCAUUCCAAAAAGGAACUGGCCCGUCAUCUGUGCAAGUGCAGAGACCCUAGAAAGAGGCUUCAGAUGGCCCCUGGAUCAGUCAACUCUCAUUCAUCUUGAGGGUAUAGGCUUGGUCCCUAGGCACUCAGCCAGGUGUGCUGAGGGCUGGUCACAGGAGGGGAAGUUGAUAAGAGCUGGGCGGCCAUCCCCUGUUCUUGCUUAGAAGAAAGCCAUAUGACCUGGACCUUCUCUAGGAGGGAGAGCACCUCGAGGAUUUGGUGCUUAGGAGGGCCCAGGCUCUCAGGGCAGAGCACAGACCAAACGAAGGGGCAGUGAGAAGCUGCUCAUGUCACCUUCCCUCCUCACCACUCGCCCUACACUCAGUCCAAAUCCUUGUCUUGUAAGCUUUGCCCCAGCUUCUCACUUCCAGGCCCCCACCCUCGUCCCCAAGCCACAUGAUGCUGUCUGCAGUGUGACCCUGUUGGUCUCCCUUCAGUUGCAUGGCCCACGGAUGGGCAUCUAUGCAGGCUGAUCAGCUCGGUCUCUCCCCAUGGAAGACCUCGGGAGUGAGGGUGAGGGAGGCGGAACAGCGCUCCUCCGGCCGAAUGAGUGGUGAUGACUCAGGGGCGAGGGGCAGACGUGUUUGCCACCAUGUGGCCUGGAAAACCAAGGCAGCUGGUUUGCAAUGAGAGCAGAAAAUGAAACAGACACCAAGAGGGGAACAAGAGAGGAACUAGAGAAACCCCAUGGUACCGGAUUUCUGAUUAAAGCUUGUACACAAGGCCCAGUCAUAACCCUUUGGGUCCUAUGAGGUAACUCUGUAUCCUUCCAAUAAAUCGUUCUGCUCAA